UCAACGUGUUUGUUAUAUUGAACCAUACUCUCGCGUAUGAAUAAUAUCCACGUUGAAAGGUUGUAAGGCAUUUCUCUUGUCAAGAACGAGAGAAGAACCGAAUUGGAGUUGGCUUCGUGUAGGUUAACCUAGGACGGAUAUUUACGGACGCAGUACUACGUACUGUUCGACUCGGAACUGCUUCAUUGACGCGAGUUCAGACAUGACUUCCGGAGUAACUACUGUUGGUGCCAACCUUGGGGACCCAGAGGACUAUCAUGUUGCUUUCCCCGGUUUACCUGUUGACCCACUUGUAAGCCCGGCCACAGUGGGUCCUUGGAACAAUACACCUAAGUUCCAUGUGAAGACGUCAAAGUGCACUCAGGUGUUUACCGUGCCCAUUGAAGAACAGGUCGGCCACAACAGCACCUUUGGGAAUGAGAGCAAACAAGCCGAGAUAUGCAAGGAUAUUAUGAAUAAAACGGGUGUUUCCAUUGAGAUGAGCUUGUCCAAGGACCAAACGCUGACCAUUGUGGUGACUGGCAAGGAAGAUCAGGUCAAGAAGGCAAGGAGGGAAGUGAUGACCAAGCUACAAACUCAGGCUAACUCUUCUAUACGUAUUCCUCGAGAACAUCACCGAUAUAUUUUGGGACAAAAAGGGAAAAAACUUCAAGACCUAGAGUUGGUGACUGCAACAAAGAUCACGAUACCCCGGGCAGAUGACAACUCUGACGUGAUCAAGAUUGUGGGCACUAAGGAGGGCAUAGACAAAGCAAUGCAUGAGAUUCAAGUGAUAUCGGAUGUGCAGUCCAAACUUGCUUAUGAGCGCUUGCCUGUUCAAAAAGUGUACCAUCCCUUUGUUUGUGGACCAAACAACUCUACAAUUCGACAGCUUAUUGAAGAAACCGGUGUUAAGAUUAAUGUGCCCCCACCCAGCGUGAUGUCUGAUGAGAUAGUGGUGUCUGGCGACAAGGAAGGAGUCAUGAAGUGCAAAGCAACCAUCAUGGCUAUUUUUGAAGAAAAGAGACGGAAAUGUCAGGCGGUGUCUGUGGAGGUGCGCAAGUCCCAGCACAAGUAUGUGAUAGGCCCCCGAGGCAGCAACCUGCAGGAGAUCCUGGCCUCCACUGGGGUGUCUGUUGAAGUUCCAGGCCUGGACAGUGCCUCAGAAACUAUCACACUCAGGGGAGAACAAGACAAGCUAGGGCCCGCACUUACUAUGGUUUACUCAAAGGCCAACAGUGUUGUGUUUGCUGAUGUGACUGCACCCGACUGGCUACAUAAAUACAUCAUUGGGAAGAAGGGAGCCAAUGUGCGAAGCAUCACUGCAAACUUUGACAAGGUUCAUAUAGAGUUCACUGAAGGGGAGAACAAGAUCAAGGUUGAGGGGCCUCCAGAGGAGGUGGAUCAGGCUGUCAAGGCACUACAGGAACAUGUCCGGGAACUGCAAAGCCGAAUGGACUUCGCGGAAAUUGAGAUUGAUCAACGAUUCCACAAACACAUUAUUGGAAAAGGGGGUGCAAAUAUCACAAAAAUUAAGAAUGAGAACAACGUUGUGAUCAAGAUUCCAUCUGACUCUGAGAACAGCAAUACCAUCCGUAUAGAGGGGGACCCAAAUGGUGUCAAGCAGGCCAAAACUGAACUGCUAGAAAUGGCAAAGAGAAUGGAGAAUGAAAAGACUCGUGACAUACUGAUAGAGCAGCGUUUCCACCGAAUGCUUAUUGGGGCCAAGGGCGAGGGAAUCAAGACUGUACGUGACAAGUUUAACCAAGUGCAAAUCACAUUUCCAGACCAGGGAAAGAAAAGUGAUGUUGUCACUUUAAGAGGCCCUAAGGCUGAUGUUGACAAAUGCCAUCAACACUUACAGAAAAUGACACAAGACCUGAUUGCUAGCAACUACCAGGCCCAGGUUCACAUCUUUAAAGACUUCCACAAAAAUAUAAUAGGAAAAGGAGGAGCGAACAUUAGGAAGAUUCGAGAGGAAACAGACACUCGCAUAGAUUUGCCAAACAAACCAUCUGACUCAGAUGUGAUCCUUAUAACAGGAAUGAAGGCAAAUGUGGAGGCAGCAAAAAAGAGAAUAGAAGAUAUCCAGAAAGAACUGGCCAACAUUAAGGAAGUAUCGGUGGAUGUACCCCACAAGCUUCACAACUCUAUCAUCGGAGCCAAAGGGCGACUUAUUCGUUCUAUCAUGGAUGAAUGUGGUGGGGUGAUCAUACGCUUUCCCCCAGAAGGCAGUACCAGUGAUAAAGUAACAAUACGUGGACCAGCAGAGGAUGUGGAUAAAGCCAAAAAGCAGCUUCAAGAACUAACUACACAAAUUCAAACCAAUAGCAAUGUUGAAGAAGUCCGAGCAAAACCAGAGUACCAUAAGUUCUUAAUCGGUCGAGGUGGAGCCAAAAUUCGCAAGGUGCGAGAGAACACAGGUGCGCGCAUUAUCUUUCCGUCACAGGACGAUGCUGAUCAGGAACUUAUCACUAUAAUUGGAACCAAAGAAGCAGUGGCAGAGGCGAAAACUGAAAUUCUUGGACUCAUUCAAGAUCUGGACAACAUUGUUGAAGGUGAGGUGAAUGUUGACCCAAAGUUCCACAAGCAUUUUGUUGCUCGUCGUGGUGAGGUGCUGCGCCAGAUAGGAGAUGACUACGGUGGAGUGACAGUUAGCUUUCCUCGCAGUGGUGUCAAGAGCGACCGCGUCGUCAUCAAAGGGGCUAAGGAUUGUGUUGACGGAGCAAAGAAACGCAUACUGGAAAUAGUCGCUGAUCUAGAGGCGCAGGUGACCAUAGAAUGUGAGAUAGGCCAGCAGUUUCAUAGGACAGUGAUGGGGGCACGUGGCGCCAAUGUGCAGGAGAUCACACAGCAGUUUGAUGUGCAGAUCAAGUUCCCAGAUAGACCUGCCAAUGAUAAGUCACCAACUGAAGCAGGUGAUGCAGAGCCAGCAGAGAAUGGUGACUCUGGUCGGUCCAACAUCAUCAUAAUCACAGGCAAGGCGGACAUGUGUGAACAGGCCAAGAGAGCACUGCUGGAUUUGGUUCCCAUUACAACGGAAGUAUUCGUUCCAUUUGACUUCCACAAGAACAUUAUUGGCCAGAAAGGUCGUGAUGUUCGCAAGCUGAUGGAUGAGUACAAUGUGAACAUCUCCAUCCCUCCUCAGCAGCAGCAGAGUGAUAUGAUCAAGAUCACAGGACCCCCAGCCAAUGUUCAGCGAGCUGUUGAUGCCCUCGCUGAGAGGGUCCAGGAGUUAGAGCUUCAAAAGGAGGAUCGCCUUCUAAAGAGCUUUGAAGUUCAGUGUGAGGUAGACCCACAGUUCCACCCGAAGCUGAUUGGACGUCGAGGUGAGGUGAUCAACAAGAUCCGCACAGAGCACGAUGUGAGGAUCCAGCUGCCUGAGAGAAAUGAUGAGAACCAAAGUGUGAUCACCAUCGUAGGCUACGAGAAGAACUGUCUGGCGGCCAAGGAAGAAAUCCUUAGGAUGGUCAAGGAAUAUGAGGACCAGGUCCAUCUGGAAGUACGCAUUGACCAGCGCAUUCACCCGCGCAUCAUUGGCCAGAGGGGACGGGCUGUCAGGAAGAUCAUGGAGGACUUCAAAGUGGACCUGAGGUUCCCACGAGGUGAUGAAGACAAGGACCUGAUAGUGAUCAGCGGGGCAGAGGAUGACGUGUAUGAGUGUAGGGACCAUCUGCUCAAUAUCGAGGAGGAAUUUUUACAAGACGUCAUAGACAAUGAGUACAUACAGAGUCUGCAGAAGCCCAGUCGUAGUGGUGAAGGCGAUGAGAAGCGUAGUCGUGCUGAUGGUCCUGGGUUCAUGUUGAAGCCCGGCACGGCUCCCUGGGACUCCUCAGGGGGUGGGUCUGCUCCAGACACCAGCGACACCUCCGAGUUCCCUACCUUCCCUGGGGCAGCUGGCUCGGCAAUCGCUCCUAACUCCAGCUACGCCUGGGGACCCAGGAGGAAAUAGGCUGCCUCAAACACACAGGCUGUCCCUGGAAGCUAGGCUAGCCAAAGAGAGGGAAUUACAUUUGAGUUAGUAUUCUGUGUCUUAAACCACAAUUUAUUUAGUAAUAUUUUACUAUUUUACUGUUUUAUAAGCCUUUUAAGUCUAAGUUUGUUAGCUUUUAAUGUUUUCAACUUAGUAACUAAUUGUAACAAUAGAAGUUUUAUAAUCUAAAAUGUUGGUUAGACUGCAAGGGAACUCUAAACAAAAAGGUACAGAAUAGAUGCUAAUUCAAUAAAAGUUGAUAAUACAUCUUUCUUUGGAAGCAAAAAUUGAUUAGUAACUUUUCAUUGAAAAUACAUUAUUGGUUAAUGAGUUAUAAUUGUUCUUCAUAAGGUAUGGAAAUAUCAUGCAUUUAAAAAUUACUAGUUUAGAAACUAUAUCAUCCUGAAUUUUUGAGUCAAGGUGGUAGAAAUUUACCCAAGUGAACAUUGUUAUGUAAUCUUUGGUUGUUUGACUGUAAAUUGCCAAUGCUUUCAAAUAAAAUUGUAAUGUCCUUACUUUCCCAUUCAACAUUUGCCGAUUUUAAAGUGACAAUCACACAAAAUAUAAGUAAGUGACUUUUCAUUCAAAUUCUGUUAAAAUGUUGUGUACCUGAAGUGUUAAAUGAGAUCUUGAUUUGGCAUUUUUUUUCAAUUAUGCAAUUUGUAGAACUUUGUUUUACAUGUACAUGUGUAUUUAUGUCUGGUUCUAUGGACUUAAUCAAUCACACAAACCCAUAUAUUAAAUUGUUGUACUUCAUGGUAGUAUGUGCAAGUAUUUUAUUGUUAUUUUUGUUUUUGUGUUGUUUAUUUUAUAUUGGCAUGGUAGAACUAGUCAACAUGCGCCUCCAAGAAGUGUUACUAAAUAUACAGCCCUGUUAAUUAUGACACGCCCAUUAAGGUUUUAGUGUACAUUGUAUAUCAUAAUAUUUUACAGUGAUUGUCAUAAAGGUUGUUUUAUUACUUGUACAUUUGUUUGAGUCAAUCAUUAGUGUUUUCUUUUGUGAUUAUAUGUAUUUUUGUUGAGGAAUGCUUUUGAAAAUGUUGUUUAUUUACUGUGCGUGUGGUAAAAAAACUUGUGCACAAUAUUUUAAUUGAAUUUUCAACUUAAUUGAAGAUAUGUUUACGACUAGCCUUGUUAUUUUAUUUUAAGCUCAACUGAGAACAUAGUGCUCAAUGAAGCUUGAAAGAUACCGUAAUGUCCGUUGUCCUUGAUUGCCUGUGUGCGAAAACUUGCUCUUUUAAAGACUACUCUUUUUUUAUCCCUUGACAGAUGAAAAAAAAAGAAUACAGGAAUGAUCCUUGGAUGACCUUUUUCGAAGUUGUUAAAAAUGUUUCUGUCUAUUGCAUCAUGUGUUGGUCACCAAAGCUGGAAGUAGUUUUUUAAAAUGAACACUUCAUAAAUAUUCUUUAUUUAAUAUUUGUAAUGUAUCUAGUGGUACUUAUUUGUUCAAAUCAUGCCCCGGGGGUCAAAAAUGGCCUAGUGCUAAGAAUCACUUUAUUUCUAUUGACUUGUAUAGCAAAAUGACUGUAAAAAUCUCUCAAAUGACAAGCACCAAAGGUGUAAUAUUUUGAAUAUAACCUCAUAUGGUGGUCUUCUUCUUAGAAUGUUCAAAUCAUGACAAUAUGGUCAAAGUUUGUCCCAACCUAUGGUUUACUUUUUUGCCUCAUAUGGUUAUAGGGUACACAUAAUGAACUCUGAAACCACAAGGCUGUAAGGUGUCCUCUACCAUACUGUUUGGAACUGGUAUUUGUUAUGUAACAUAAUAUGAUGGUCAUUUGCCAAAUUUGUUCACAUCACCUCCCUGGCGGCUAAAUUGGACUCGUGAUGGUUUUUAUUAAACACUGACCAUGACCAUCAAAAGGCUAGGCAGUUUUCUGUAUAUGGCUAUAGUAGAGCAAUAUGAGCACUUUUAAGUCAUAUUUUAUUAACUUCGUUCAACGUUUGUUCAAAUAUUUUAGCUGAUUUCUGAAAUGGUUAUGAAAACAUCACAACAGCUGCUCAGAGCUGUUCAGUUCCUGUGUGUCUCUCGUGAGUGACAUAGAAUCCGGCAGGUCUUCUUGCAUUUCAUAAAUGCACAAACAUUUCUUAAUUUUAAAGCAUGUUUGUUUGAGUAUCUUAUGUUAUAUUUGACAGUUAUGAUAUAUGUUAUAUUUGGCAGUUAUAAAAUAGGAUUCUUGCAAUGUCAAGUUUGUUGAAUGUAAGUUGUGAGCUCUUAAUGAUUCAUGCAUCAAUUGUACGUCAUUGUCCUCGGAGUUUGGUGUAAACAUUUAACUUGUACUAUUUGCAUAAAUAUAUACUAAUGUAGAAAUGUUUAUUAUUGAUAUGUUGAAACUGUAAAUAAAAUGGAUUAUAUUAUGUUCUGGGAAUGGAAUUUACCAGAUAAUAAACCAAUACAUUCAAACAAUAAAUACGUUUAAGAAUU